AUGUUCAUCAACGACACUGACUUGCAGCGGGCUGAUGGCGUGCGAAUGUGGCUCGAAGAUCUGCGUCGCAAUAUCGUAGCGUGUCACGAGAACCCUCACCAAGUCAUCGCCACCGAUAGCGACGGCAACUCUCGCAGUCGUGCGAUUCACGCCACCCCUGGUGACGAGGUCAAGGUCAAUCUCAGUUUCGAGGAACAGUUCAACCUUCGUGGAGCUUCUGGCGUCCGCGUCACAAUUGCCAUCGGCCACACCGACCUGGAUCCAUCCGACUUGAGCAACUCGCAGUCGUGGUGGAUUGACGCGGACAACCUCGGAAGGGCGCACGCCUUCCAUUUCUUUUCGACAUGGGAGAGCGAAAACGGCAAGGCUGAGGCGACCCGAUUCACUUUCCCGGUGCCAGACGGUGAGAUACUACCCUUUCCCCUCCACACCUGCUUGCUAACGCGCGGGAUUUCGCAAGACAACCCGGUCGAGGGCAGCAAGAACGUCCUGUGGCAGGACGUGAAUCUCGCGAACAAGGGCUGCAUCGCCGUCUCUGUCGUUCGUGGCGAUCUUACCGAUGAGGUGCAACUGUACCCGGUGCGCUGCACAGAUCCUCCACCUACUCACCGAUGGGAAGCCACCGACAUGCCCAAGGUCAUCAGCUGGCAUUGGUUCAAGCCGAUGGCUGGUGAGAAGGCCCCUCCUCCCGUUGUCUUCGAGCUCCGGAACACGGUCGACUCAGAUGCCAACAUCGGUGCGGCUGUCGAAGCGGGACCAUCGCGUGACGGGCCCUCCAUUGACAUUGCAAAUCCGAACGAGCAAGAGGCGCUGGCGAUUGCCAUCGAGAAUUCCUACAAGAAUUUGCGUACAGCAGCGCAGGUGGACUCGGAUGCGAACGAUGCGGUCUCUGACAGCGACGAGGGGACGAUACGCGGAGACGAGACGCCAAGAGCUAUCGUCAGACUCCCGGUCCAAAUCACAGCAAGCGGGCAAGGGCGCAAGCGCACAUCUCCGCCUCAAGAUACUGCUAGCAAGCCGAAGAGAAGUAGAGCGUCAGACUUGGCCAAUCUUACUCAAGUCUUUGGGGAAGGCAGCACUACCAGCAACGACACCCAGGACGAAGAAGAGGUCAAAGAGGAGAAUCCGAUCGAGCAAGGCACCUUCCAUAUCAAGAAGGAGGCGAUGGAGGUCGUCGAUCUGACAAUGGACGACGAAGACGAGCCAGCCAAGAUUAAGAAGGAAAUGGUCGAGAGGCGUACUUUUGGUUACAAGAAGCCGGAGACGCGCGAGGAGCUGCAAUUGCAGUUGCAGGAGAGUGAGGAGCAAGAGAAGAUCCAUCAAGAGAGGCUGAAGCAGCGGCUCAAUGGCCACGGCUUCUUCACCACUCUACAUCAACCUUGCCUCCAACGUCCAAGAGCAGAAUUGACCACUGGCCGCUCAAGACUCGCCAUGCCUCCUCAUCACGGCAUUUCCGUCGAAAUCAUCCACCUCGACAAGGAUGAAGAGCCAGCAGACACUCGCGACGACAACAACAACGCGGAGGUACACGACGAAUUCACUGGCGACAUCCUCUCCUCCUCCUUCUGCGUGCCUGCAGGAGAACGUAUUGCCCUCCUUGUCGGCUUUCAAUUUCGUCGUGGCUUCUCGCCUUGCUCCGCAAGUGGCGUCAGUAUCACCAUCAGCAUAGCUAGGUCCACCAAGCUGGAGACAUCUGAUCACAGUCAGACGUGGUGGGUUCCCAGGAAGUGCCUUGGCAAUUGGAACAAGGAGAAGGGGUACGACUUCGGUGAAGUCACAAGAUUCAAUAGAGAUGGCAGCGUGGAUGAGGUGAUACCGAUGAAGGCUCCAGUUCCAAUCAAUGCGAAUCUAGAUGAUCAGGACGUCACGUUCGGCCGAGAGCCACUCGAAUGGCAGCUCGAUGAAACACCCAACAAAGGCAGCAUCAUCGUCGCCAUCAAGCGAGGUCAUUUAGUCCAAACGUCAGAAGACGACCAAAGCUCUCAACCUCGAGCUCCAACCUGUCCUCCCGAGAGCUCACGGCAAGUUCGCAAACGACAUACGCAGCUUCUUUCUGAUCUUCCAGAGCUAACACGGAGCUGUAGGAACGACGCAAAGGAUCAGAUAAAGAUCAUUGACCCGGCUUGGUUCAAGCGUAUGCGUGGUGACAAUGGCGACCCAUGUCUUUGGGAGUUCAGGAUGUGGAGGACCUUUUCAUCGGUUGCGAAGGCACGAAGGGUGAAGGCUCCCGACCUCCCUCGCCACAGCCACAAGAAGUCGGCCCCUUUACACAAGACUGCCGACCCAUGGCGGCAGCUUCAAGAAAGCCUGAAGUUAUUCCCUGAUCCACCGAGCGAUCGAGAGAUUCUUGAGGAGAGGAAGAAGCGUAUCAGAGAGGAGCAGCUUGCGUUGGAACAGCAUAGCCAUGAUGACCAGGAGACAAGCGAUGAUAUGUCAACUCCGGAGUACACACAGACUCGGAAUGAGACCACGGAUCCGCCUGGCAGCGAUUUCGAAGAACUGCCAUCGCCUGCUGUUGAAUCCAGGCAAGGAGAUGACAAAUCCGCGCGGAGUGUCCUCAACCCAGCUCCCGACCCUUCGGUUGCGUCCAGCUCAUCGGCGAAGAGUCCAGUCGGCAAUGAAAGAUCGAAUGGGAGUUCGAACCACAAGGCUGCCAUGAUCAGGUCGACGAGGGUGUCUCAAACGCCAGCCGAACCGCCAUUCCCCAACGAAGAUAUCCUUGAGCAGUGCGCUGUCAACAUCGGCAUCCGGCCCACCCCUCCAGCAUCCAUAUCAAGAUCUGCAAGAGUCUCCCAAGGCCACGGAACACUUCGCAAUACGAGCACGGCCGGUUCCCCAACACCACUGACCUCCAUUGCGGCAACCCGACGACCACAAGGCCGGAAUGCCGGCGAACAGAUCAAGAACAAUCACAGUUCACAAGUCAUCGACCUCACAGAGGAUGACGAUACCGACAUCGUAGCCGUGAAGCGGGAGAGCGUCUCAGACGAGAGCGGUCCCACAAAGAGGCAGAAGACGGUGAUUGAUGUGAGCGAGGACCUCGAAGAUCUCGAAGACCAGUUACUCGAAGUCGGGCUGCGACGGAAGAUUCGAGCUCUCAAACAGCGGGAGGGAAAGGGCGUCAAGCUGGAGAUCUAA